AUGCCCCUCAUCCCUGACGACUCGAGUCUUGCAUCGCACCACAAUACUCCAUCUCCACCAGAACACCUAGUGACUAGAAGUACUCCUACAUCUGCUAUUCAUAGCCGGGAAACAUCCGCUGUUAGGGGAAGAGCAGCUGACCCAUCCACGCUCACCCCGUCGACCCUACAGCCUCAGAGUAAUCGUCGCGGCCAAUCUCACUCCAAAAGUCCCGACCCUGCUGCUGGACGGCCAGGCAUAGGAUAUGAUGUUGGAUUGGAACGGAGGCCUUCUCAUUCGUAUGGCCACCAUCGGCAGACUUCGAUUGUCCAUGGGAUCCAACACUCUCGGAAUCCAAGUUUCGCGGCAUCUUCCACCUCGACGAGUCCUCUGAGUCCCGAAUUGAUUGCUUCUUUGGGCCGGGGUACCGGAAAUGACAACGAAAGCGCUGGCGCAGGGCAAUCCGACCAACACGAGAUGUACGCGAGUCAUCAAAGCCCGGGAGGCAAUGGAUCGAGUCAAAGUCUGCAGAGCACCCUGAGCACUACCGAGAACCAGGAUGCCGGUGAAAUCAAAAACCCCAGUCGUGCGGGUUCUGUGCAUAAACGAAUGAAUUCCGCUGGAAAAUCGUGGCGAGAACGCUCUCAUAGCCGUUCACAUUCGAGACAACACCAGGUGGAGUCAAAAACUGUGGGAGAAUAUGCAUUACACCAUCUAUUCAAUUCUUUUGUCGGCCAAGCAGAUAACAAGGUCAACCAGGCUAUCAUGAAGUUAGGACGUUCCGACGCUCCUGUGGAGGAGGUUUGCGGGCCUGGCGUGGAUCCUAACUUCGAUCAAUUGAUCGCGGCUCUGGGCCACAUUUCAAGACAGAAACCAAAGCCCUUGAUAGAUACAAUCAUGCUAUGGCGAAAGGCAAAAGGGGAUGCUGCCACAAUGGCUAAGCAAACGGCUAACCAGAAACCCGCUGUAUCUGAUAAUGGAUUGAUUGCGCGUCGAAACACGGAGCCAACACAGAUAGCAACUGACCCCGCGGCGCAGACGGAUUCCUCGGCCCCCAACCCAAUGUUGUCUCGCCACGAGGAUGUCAUUCUGGCAGAACGCCGUGCAACGGUGUCAGUGUAUCUUGUCUGCAGAGUCUUGAUUGAAAUAUUCAACCAGAGCAAUAUAGCCUCCAUAACAGUUGACAUGGCGGAACGCUUGGAAGACAUUGUGUUUGGUCAACUCAAGACAGGAGAUCCGGACCAGAUCUCGGCAUCUCCGCUUCGCAUGGCUAAUUGGAGGAUAUAUUCCCAGCUGCUUGGAAUCAUGAGUGAAACGAACUUCACCAGCGUUGCCAAUCGCUUCUUGGCAGAACUUGAAAGGUAUCAGAAGGAAGAGAUGCUUCGUGGGCCCUCAAAGGAGGGCGAUUCCCGAGUGGAACUUCUGAUCUUGGGGAUGAGGCACCUCCGUGUUAGGACGCAUCAAGAGGCUUGGGGAAAAUCAUGCGACUUUAUGCGGGCACUGGCGCGGUUAUUCGCCACUGCUCAUGGGCAACGCGUCAAACAGGCCUACUGCUACAUCUUUGAAAAGCUUCUUCUGCCCAUAGCCGCGAGUCCAAAUUGCGACCUUGGCUCUCCUAAAUGGAAAGAAUUCCUGGAAUCGGUCCAAUCCCGCCUGUCGCAGAUGCUUGCCAAGCCUCGUCAUUGGGCGACUGGUUUCCCACUCCAUGUUCUCCUUCUAUGUGUGUCUUCAAAAGAGGUUUUCUCGUCCCAAUGGCUAUCGGUUAUCCAGAGUCUCCCGGCGAGAUUGAAGGACCGUCCGACACGGGCCCCAGCUCUUCAAGCCAUGUGCCGCUUGUUGUGGACAUACUUCUUCCGCUAUACGGAUUCUCCAACGGUGACUCUUCGGAAGGUUGAAGAAGUAGCCAGAAUAGCUCUACCUGCUGGAAAAAGGACGUACUUGAGUACCGAGCCGGCAGUUUCGGAGCCUCUCAUACACUUAAUACGCCUGAUCGGCUUUAAACAUCCAGAUGUCUGUUUCCGAAACAUCAUCUUUCCUUUGAUCAACUCGGAUCUUUUCCUUUCCGGAAAAGAGUUGAAAAUCGAGCAAAUGGAGCCAGAAAAAAUGGUUAUCGGUAUCAGAUCGUUUCUCGCGAUUGUGACGGAUCUUGAGAAUUGUGAUCAGCUUUGCCCUCCGUUCCUUACGGGAUCCAUUCCAAACCCCUUCACUGAUAUCGCAACUCCGGUUCCUUUUCAUCGGCCUCAGCUCCUUGCAGAUCCGCGGCUACCGAAUGCAUUAGAGGACAGAGAUACGGCGCUUUCUCUGCCGGUUAAUACUUCUAGGCUAAGUGAUAACGUCAAGGAGUAUUACAUUCGGUUCUGCGAUAUCCUAGGUAAAAUUACACUUCUGUGCGAUAAUACAUUUGGUGGACAAGCUGCUCUAGAUGAGAAAUUUGGUGGCACAACCCCCAAAACACCGAUCUCAGAGGCGUUCAGUUUCGGACGGCGCGAUGAUCAUCUCAGCGUUAUCGAUCAGAGGCAGGGAUUUUAUGAUCUGCUUCAUGUUGCCGUUCAGACACUCCCUCGUUGUUUAUCAGACCGUAUCCCAUUCAACUCAUUGAUCAACUUGCUUUGCACUGGAACCGCGCACGUUCAGUCAAACAUAGCUUCUUCCUCUGCUGAAUCAUUGAAGGCCAUUGCGCGGCAGUCACACGCUCAGCAGGUUACCAUCGGGUUUGCAAGGUUUAUCUUCAACUUUGAUGCCAGGUAUUCAACCAUGUCAGACGAAGGCAUGCUCGGGCCAGGUCACAUUGAGUCUACGUUAAGACUAUACGUGCAAUUAUUACAAAUCUGGAUAGAAGAGAUCAAGCACAAGACCAAAGGCGUCGUUCAAGAUCCGGCCGAUAAAUCAGCCACUGGUAGUCGGGCCUUGCAGCUGGAUCUUUCUAGCAUUUGGGCACAUGUUGAGGAGAUUGAAUCUCAUGGCCUCUUCUUCCUCUGCUCUCAGUCAAGGCGGGUUCGUGCCUUCGCAAUCACGGUCCUACGACUGAUUACCGAAUUUGACAGCGCUCUCGGCAAAGAAAACACAAGAAUUAUCAGGAUCCUCGAAGCGGAUGCAAAUCAAAUUCUGAAUGUCAAUGAUGAACAGCUGACUGUAGCUGAGAGGAGUCGGAUUCAGAAAGGGAAGAGGAAGAGUGCAUCUCAUAAUACCUUGAUUGAAUUGUGCAGCAGUGAGGUCUCCUACGAUUCGACGUUGUGGUCGAAGGUAUUCCCGAAUAUCAUCAAGAUAAGCUUCGAGACCUGCCCGUUUGCUGUGACACUAGGACGGGAAAUCGUGUGUGCAAGGCUGGUUCAGAUGCACAAAACCAUCACUGCGCUGGCGGAAAGUUCUCAGUCUCCCCAAUACGCGCCCAUCGACCCUGUCCAAGCUCGAGCGCUCAGCAGAAGUAACAUGACUGCAGAAAUCUUGAUUGAACAGUGGAAACUAUAUCUGGUUAUGGCUUGCACAACUCUAAACAGUGUCGGUGCGCAGUCUCAAAGUCAAUUAGCAAAUGCCCAACAUGCGCGAAAAUCCUCCAAGGGAGCCCAGCAGUCGCAAGAUAAAAUCAGCUCCGCUCGAAGUCUCUUUGCGUUCGUGAUUCCGCUCCUCUCAGCUGAACGGUCAUCUAUCCGCAACGCCAUCGUCAUAGCUCUUGGUUCCAUCAACAAAAAUCUUUACCGUACAUUGCUUGAAUCUCUUCAAUACGCGGUCACAACAUGUAAUGAGGAGGCAAAGGUUCGCAUUGGGGUACAUCACAGAUCUCCUAGCAGCCCGAGGCGGAACCGGAAAACCGAUCGACUGCGGACAGAGGUUACGCAUGUGUACAAGUUGACAUCGCAUUUUCUUCAAGAAACCGAAGUGUACAAUGACGAUUGGAUUGUGAACAAUCUUCUCACUUAUACGAAAGAUCUCCGAAUCUUUCUGAGUGAUGCAGAAGUUCAGAACGAUUGGGAAUUUCAACGACUGCGGUUUCAUUAUUGUGGAUUGAUGGAAGAACUGUUUGAAGGAAUCAACCGUACAAAAGAUCCAUCUCACUGGAUUCCCUUCGAAUCACGAAAGUCGGCCUUCUCACUGAUGGAAGACUGGUGUGGGUAUUCGCCCAACCAAGCACAGAUCUCCCAACGCGAAGACAACAUGCGAAAAUUUGCCAUGAAUCAGCAGUCCGGCUCCGGAGAGAUUCGAAACACCGCGGCGGCAAUGGAGAUUGAGAAGAAGAAUUUACGUGCAGCAGCUCUUAGUGCAAUGGCAUCCUUAUGCGCUGGACCUAUCAGCAUCACUACAGAAAGCGGCGCCGUGCUUCAAUUUGAUGUGGGAAGAAUGCUUUCGUGGAUUGAUAUCAUCUUCAACACUAUCAGUGAUAAAUGGCAUGGGAUUGGACGACGUGCGCUCAAGAACCUCACCACUCACAACAAAGAGCACUCGUACCUUUUAGAAAGGUCGAUUGAGAUGUGCUAUGUUGCAGAGAGGCCCAAAGCACUGGAAAGCUACUUCGAGGUGGUAACGCAGGUCCUCAUUGAACACACCGAUUAUCCCCUUGGCUUCUGGAGGAUCUUGGGUGCUGUACUUGUUACAUUGGGGAACCAAAAACGCGAGAUUCGAAUGAAGUCGGCCAAACUCCUCCGAAUCUUAGAAGAACGCCAGCAGAAGAGUUCGCGACUCCAAGACUUUGACAUCAGUAUUUCGGAUAAGACCACUGCCGUUUACAAACUCGCCCAGUUCGAAACGUCCAAGCGUUUAGCGAAACAACACUCCGAUCUGGCGUUCACCCUUUUCUCAGAAUUCUCUCUCCAUUUUCGAAAUUUGGGUCCUGAUAGCCAGCGAAACAUGGUGGCUGCGAUCUUACCUUGGGUCCAAACGAUGGAAUUGCAGGUCGACCCCAACGGUGGCCCAACGGCUAGGUCGUACAUGCUCCUGGCCAAUCUCUUUGAAAUCACCAUUCGAUGCAGUAGCAUACUACCAAAUGAGGUUCAAGCCCUUUGGCAAGCAUUGGCAACUGGACCUCAUGGUGGAAAUGUGCAGUUAGUGCUAGACUUUAUUAUCAGUCUAUGCUUGGAGCGCAAGGAGCAGAACUUUGUCGAAUACGCAAAGCAGGUCGUUGUUUUUCUGUCAGGAACCCCUGCUGGCUCCAAGGUCAUUGAGUUUUUCUUGAUGCAGCUGGUGCCGAAAAACAUGGUGCAAGAGAGGAAAGAUAUUACACCAGCUCCACCGGAUAUCAAGGGCUUACCGUAUGUCGCCGAUUUAGGCACUGUGCUACCUGUUGGCAACAAGCAAGCAGGCCUCUCUCUCGGUCAAGUGGCCCUUAUCUUCCUUGUUGAUUUAAUGGUUGCCCCGGUUACUCUACCUCUAGAGGAGGUCGUCAAGCUGCUUCAUGUUGUCCUUAUUUUAUGGGAUCACUACACGCUUACGGUACAAGAGCAAGCUCGAGAGAUGUUGGUCCACCUGAUUCACGAAUUAAUUGCUGCGAAGAUCGAGGAUGACGCACCCGCAGCAACUCGACAAUCCAUUGAGGACUUUGUGGAAUCUAUUCGCAAGAGUGACUCAACGGUCGUAUGGGAGUAUGAGGAUAACAAUGACAAGGAGGAUGAAGACGAUGAGAGUCGAGUACCUCCUGCCAUGUCCACCGUCACACGCCAGGUUGUGAAUUUCUUCAGCUUCGUCUACGAAGGCAUCAAUGAUCUCUGGGCCAAGGAGGCACUCAACUGGGCGACUUCAUGUCCAGUACGGCACCUCGCUUGUCGGUCAUUCCAAGUGUUCCGGUGUAUAUCCACUUCUUUAAACCCCAGAAUGCUUGCGGACAUGCUGGCCAGACUUUCCAACACCAUUGCGGACGAAGAAUCGGAUUAUCAAACAUUCUCUAUGGAGAUUUUGACCACAUUGAAGAUCAUCAUCAGUUCUCUUGCCCCAGCAGAUCUGCUGCGUUAUCCUCAACUUUUCUGGACUACCUGCGCCUGUCUGAACACCAUCCAUGAAACCGAAUUCAUCGAGAGUAUCGGCAUGUUGGAGAAGUUUUUGGACAGUAUCGACAUGAGCGAUCCGAUGGUCGUUACAGAGCUCAUCCAAGGCCAGCCUCCCAAGUGGGAGGGUGGUUUUGAGGGUCUGCAAGCUUUGGUUUACAAAGGAUUAAAGUCUUCAGAAUCACUUAACCGGACAUUGGAUGUCUUGCACCGGCUGAGUGGUCUUCCCAACAAUGAGCUCACUGGGGAUAGCGAUAGAUUGCUUUUUACGAUUCUAGCAAAUAUGGCGCAUUUUCUUCAUCAGUUCGAUGAAGAUGUCCAUGACCCGAAGACCCUUGCGCGGGCAACGCUGUUGGCGCGGGUUGCAGAGGGAGAAGGGUGCCCACGACUUGCAGCAUCCCUUCUCGGGCUCGCCAAUGGACAAUACAAGACCGAGAGUGAUUUCCUUAAUCAUAUCAUCACCGAGAUACGAUCCUAUUACUUCCCUCGCCAGGACGUCCAGAGCUUAAUAUUCCUUAUGGGCUUGCUGACGAACACAACCAACUGGUUCCGUGUUAAGGUCAUGAGGAUUUUGUGUGUCCUGAUGCCUGAGCUUGAUAUGCGGCGGCCAGAGGUAACCAGCCAUGGGCCUGAUCUCAUCUCUCCGCUCCUACGACUGCUGCAGACAGAUCUCUGCCCCCAGGCCCUGCAAGUCAUGGAUCAUAUCAUGACCGUUUCGGGGAAUCCGAUGGAGCGCCAUCAUAUUCGUAUGAGUAUGGCGUCAUCUUCUUCCUCCCGCGCCAUUCGCAAGGAGUACGAGCGAAUCCAAAGUCUCUAUGGUAUACCGGAACCUACCGGGUGGUCGAUUCCUAUGCCUGCUACUCAAUCAAGUAUCACGCGGCAUAAUGUUCAUGCAGUAUUCUACACAUGUGCCGAAGUGGACCGUAUGGAGGUCCAGGAGACCGUUACACCCGAGGUCGAGUUUCACGCAGAUGAGUACAACGAUGCAUUCUUCCCGUUGCGCGCAGACACUAUGAAAUCCAUGGACACGCAGAUGGAUGGCAACAUGGGAGACAUUGUGCAGAAGUUGGACAGCUUGGACGAGUUCUUUGAGGAAACAGAGCCAAUCAAUCCGGGACUUGACGCGAUGCCAGAUUCGACUUUGCGAGGCUUCGCCGGUGCUUACGCUGAUACAAGCGCGAGUCUCUACGAUCAACAAACGGCACCCAUUUUGCGUAAAUCCCUUGCGCGGACUGCUUCUACAUCCUCAUUCCACAAUGGCCUUGCUGAACCUCGACCUCCAAACAUGCGCUUUGACAGUGUCGGUGUCCAUUCUCCGAAUACGACGACAACACAGAUUCCGAGCCACACCUUACGUCCAACAUCGCACACUCGCUCUGUCACUUCCCCAGCGAACAGUUUGUUCUCGCCACCUUCUCAUCCUCAGUAUUCCACUCCGCCCAUCGGGUUCAGUGAAUCGGCAUUCCUAUCAGACGAUGAGAUUGACGAUGGGAUCUACGAGUUUGAUGAACGCCUAACCAUCAGCAAACCGACGAUCCUCCAUCCAAACAGCCAGACUCGGAGCGUAACGGACGGAUCCUCAUCACUUGAGUCGAUGAUUCGGAGUGGGAUGAGACGAUUGACAGGUGGAGCUGCCACGAAUCGGGAGAAGGAGCGGCAGCGUGACAUGAUCCGCGCCCAGCAGCGCGCAGCUGUUCAAGCGGCAAGCUCACCCCGAGUGCCGAAAGUGCCACCAGAAUAUCUAGUUGGGCCGACCAGCAAUCCGACAUCGCCAGGCCAGUGA